CUGCCCUCAGGGAGCUUAUAUUCUAACAGAGCAGAGUGAGACCACACGUAGAAGGGUGCAGGGGCCAGUGAAGGGAGCUUUAUUCUGGGGAGUCACAGAGAUAAUAAAUUGAUGUAUAUGAUACUCAGCUAACACAUCCUUUCCCUAAGUAAUGAUGCUGGUUUAACUUGGUUCCACCUUGUGCUCUGGGAACAGUAGAGCCAAGGGGGAGUCACUAAGAGAGUGGAUGAGAUGUGAAGAAGAAGCGUGUCUGGGACCAGCUAAUAAAUAUUGUGGACAAGUUUGCACUCAUUCACCAAUCAGCUCAGUUGGGUCCUAGGGCAGGAGUUCCAAGGAUGAGUGAAUUAACUCCCCUGGAGCUAGGGGUAUGGAUUCCAGAUGUCAGGGUCCAGAGAGUCAGAGAGCUAAUAGGGUCCAGGUGAAGAGGAUAAAAUACCAGCCCAAAGUAUUUUGACUGUAUCCUGUCAAACUUAGCCGUGGAAGGCUUUUUAACAAGGAGAAUAAUAUGUUGCAUUUGCAUGUAGAAAAGAAAAAAUCUAGCAUGAAUAUGGCCAGUGAAUUAGAAAGUAGUAAAACUGAUUGGGGAGACCUGAAAGGGCUCUUUCAGUAAUGCCUGUGUAAAGUCAUGAGGGCCUGGGCUGGGGUGGUGAUAGUGGGGCACCUCUUCUUCCUGUGAUGCCAAUCUGACUCCCAGAAUCCCUGCUUUACUGUGUUAUCUGUGUGGUACUCUCCUGAGGAGGCUGUCAUAAUUCCCUCUUCUUACCUUUGCUACCAUUUCAGUCUCACUUCCCCCAAUUUUGGCCCUGCUGCACAGCUACAUUUGAGAGUUGUGAAAGCCAUACUCUUACUAUAGGCAUGCUUGUCAUUUCCAACAUCCCAGUCCUUCAAUAGAAGUUUCCUUUCUCCUAGUUUCAAGCACAGGGGACAUUUGCAUUUUCAUUAUGUUUCAGCCCAGAAAACUGAGAACAAAAUGGCAAUUCCAAACAAUGAUAUCUCUGAAGAAAAAUCAUCCCAUGAAGACAAAGUGGCAAACCUUGGGAGGAGUAAUACUUUGAAUUCUAAUCCAGGAGAAUCUGCCUGCUUGAGUGAUGGUAAGUUGGAGACAAAACCAAAAAGCAAGACCCAUUUGAGGGAUGUGACAGUCACUCACAAGAAAAUUCCAGCUGGACAAAGAGUCCGCAAACUCAAAAAAAUUGUUGAGAAAUUUCAGUCUAAAGUUAGUUCUUAUAGAAAAAAGAGAUAUCCUUCAGGAGAAAAACCCCAUAAAUGUGAUUCACCUAGAAAGCUCUUCAAACAGAAUUCAUGCCUAAGUAGACAUAAGGAGAUUUAUUCAGGAGAAAAGCCUCGUAAAUGCAUUGAAUGUGGGAGAAGCUUCAGCAACAAUACACACCUGGAAAACCAUCAGAGAACUCAUUCUGGGGAGAAGCCAUAUAAAUGUAGUGAAUGUGGAAAAGCCUUCAGUUAUGCUUCAUCCCUUACAAAACAUCAUAGAAUUCAUACAGGAGAGAAGCCCUAUAUAUGUAAAGAAUGUGGGAAAGCCUUCAGUGAGAGCUCAAACCUUAUUCAACAUAGGAAAAUUCACACUGGAGAAAAACUCUAUAAAUGUAAUGAAUGUGGAAAAGCCUUCAAUAAGAAUUCAUCCCUUACUCAGCAUCUCAGAAUUCAUACAGGAGAGAAGCCCUACAAAUGUAAGGAAUGUGGAAAAGCCUUCAGUGAGUACUCAAACCUGAUUCAACAUCAGAAAAUUCAUACAGGAGAAAAGCUUCAUAAAUGUAAUGAUUGUGGGAAAGCCUUCAACAAGAAUUCAGCCCUUACUCAACAUCUAAGAAUUCAUACAGGAGAGAAGCCCUACACAUGUAAGGAAUGUGGGAAAGCCUUCAGUGAAAACUCAUCCCUUACUCAACAUCUGAGAAUUCAUACUGGUGAAAAACCCUAUGAAUGUAAGGAGUGUGGGAAAGCCUUCAACCGGAGCUCAUCUCUUAAUAAGCAUCAAAAAAACCAUUCUGGAAAGAAGCCCUAUAAAUGUAAAGAAUGUGGGAAAGCUUUUGGCCAGAGUACCCAUCUUGCUCGACAUCAGAGAACUCAUACUGGAGAAAAACCUUAUGAAUGUGAAAAAUGUGGGAAGGCCUUCAGUCAGGGUACACAUCUUACUAAACAUCAGUUUACUCAUACUGGAGAGAAACCUUAUGAAUGUAAUGAAUGUGGAAAAGCCUUCAGUGAGAACUCAUACCUUAUUAAACACCAGAAAAUUCAUGUGGAAUAUAAACCCUGUUAAUUUGAUGACUAUGGAAAAACCAUUAGGCUUUAGAUGUAGCUUUUCUCUCAUCAAAUAGAGGCCAAACACUAGAGAGUAAUCCAGGAAAUAUAAUGAAUGUAGUAUCAGUUACAUUUAUCACUUCAGAAAUUAACAUGAAGCUUAAUUGUAAUGGUCAGUCAUGGUCCUAAGAGUAGAAAUGAGAAAUGCACCUCUUCUUUGGAGAGGUGGGAGAACAUGGAUACACGAUGUUACAUAUGCUUCAGACAAGGCCACUGGGCUAUUUGGUUUUGUUGGGCUGUUUUUCUUUGUUACAAAGGAAGUAUUCCUGGAUGGGUAGAGGCUACAUCUGGAAAUGACUGUUUAAAGAGAAGGCAUCAGUAAAACUUUAGUGAGGAAAAAUAGAUAGUGAUGUCAUCGUUGGUCACCAGCUUUGACAUGUGUGAUAGUUAAGAAGAAGCUUCCAGGCAUGAUGAUGACUUCAAGAUGCAGGGAAUUGAGAAGCCUUUUUAUCCCUACCUUGUACAAAACCAAGGGAUGGUAAUUUAGCAGAAGCCCAAGCUGGAAACAUUCUAGUUAGAGAUCUGGAAAAGCCACACAAAGAGCUUUAAUGGGUGGGGCUCAAAAGAGUAGUUCUAAUCACCCCACCAUAUCUAAAGUGAUGGACACCAUAGUAAGGUGAGAAGUCUCAAAUGCCUAGACUUUGAGUGCAGAAAAAGUCCUUGAUCCACUGGAGGUAUGUUCAGAUUAACUGAGGAAACUUGGCUCUCUUUCUUGGGGUCCUCUAUGAACUAUCAAAUUGGUUUGGGUCUAAGAGUAGCUUGGAAUCAAGCACACAUCUGGCAAAAGAGAGAGAGGAAGCUGCCUCUGAGAAGGAUAGGAAUCGCUUAGCAACGAAGAGAAUGCCUCAGGCAGAAGAGGACCUUGUGAAGUGUCCAGAGGAUUCUAGACUUCUCAUCUUCUCAUCAUACUACCAGCAUCAUUCCCCAGGACAGCAGCGGCUGCAGGUGGGGUCUGUGUUAGAGCUGAAAGAGAAGGCAGAUUCCUGCAGAAACCUGAUUACUCCAGGAAGUGAAGAAAAAGACUUCCAGCAACCAAGAGACUGAGUUAUGAAUUAGCCCUCUGUCACAUGUGCUCUCCAAGUUUGGGCGCUCUUUCCUUUGGACUCUGCACUUGGGGAACAGUGUGUCACAGGCUUUGGGGGGCAGUGUUUGUACAAACUGUUCUUACUGAAACAUCUUAAU